AUGACAUGGCUAUCGACGAUAGGAAGCGCAUUUUACUAUCUCUCCUUGUCAAUCACUGUUGUUUUCAGUUGGCUAUUGGCUAUUCUCAGGACUACUCUAGCUCCACUACUACAUUUGGGAAACUCUUUGAUUUCUGCUUUACUUCUCCCCUUGAGAGUACUAGCUAAAUUCGAGACCCUCGUAAUAUUCUUGGGAUCUGCAAUCCUCAUCGGCUUGAUCACUGGCUCGGUAUUACAUAUCUCUUCUGGCAUCCUCGCAUCACUAUUCAAAUUGGCAUCGAGUCCUGAAGAAACGGGUCGUUCUGUGACAUCAAUUCGCGCUGUACAAGAACAGAAGAAACGGAGUUCGAAACCGGAUCUAUUGAAAUGGAAGGUUGAUCCCUCUGUGGAAAAGAGAUAUUCCGAAUGGCUGGAAAAGGAUGGAGGUAGAAAGAAGGAUGAACACGGGUUAUUGGCGCAAACUAUAAUCGAGGAGGACGAUGACUCCGAGGAUGGGUUUUGA